CUUCACCACGUACAGCUUUUCCGCUUCUAUUCUGUACUUCAGUAGACAUAAAAAAGCAUGGAUUCACAAAAAUUCUGGAGCCUUUCGUCGCUGACCUAAAAAAGUUGGAACAAGGCGUAACGGUUUAUUACGGUUCAGAGAAAUUCGUCUUAAGAGCUGUUAUGACGAUUUUCUGCGGCGAUACACUUGCGGUUCAUGACGUGUUUGGGUUACUUGGACCAAGGGCCAACUAUUUUUGCCGAAUUUGCCAGAUUACAAGGAAUCAAUUUCAUUCAAAUCCAUCCGAAGAAUAUCCGUUGCGAUCGAAAGAAUGGUAUGAAGAUCAACUUGCUGCAGUACAGGAUGGUUUGCUGAUACCGAAAGAUUGUGGACUGAGUACAUCAGGAUGUAUUUUCAAUGAAUUAGAGUUCUACCAUACCAGUAACAACUUCUGCCUCGACAGCAUGCACGACCUUGCUGAAGGGAUAGUGCCCCUGACGAUCCAACUAGUGCUAUCAACUUUAUACAAACAAAAACAUUUAAAGAUAACAGCAAAGUUCAUAAACAAUCGCAUUAACACAUUUCCUUUUGGUUACGCUGACCGCUGCAACAAACCUUCACCAAAUUUUAAAGACGAAAUGCUCGCUAACCCUGCCCAGCAUAAAAUCAAACAAACAUCUGCACAGUCUCUUCUCUUGAUAAGAGCUUUCCCGUUCCUUUAUGGUCAUGUUGUCUCCAAGGAUUGUAUGCUCAUGCGUAUGAUCGGUCAUCUAAUUAAUAUCGUGAGGAUAAUUUCGUCACCAGUCGUAUCUGAACACCUACUUGCACAGCUGGAAGAACAUAUAACAUACUUUGAGGAUAGUUUUUUCGAAAACUUUAAGCAGCGUAUCAACAAGUUGCAUCACUUGCGUCACUACGCUCUCUGCAUAAGGAAGAGUGGUUCAAUGAAACAAUACAAUUGCUUUCAAUUUGAACAAACGAACAAAAUAAGCAAGAAUCAAGCGAAUACGUGCAAAAACUUUAAGAAUAUUUGUUCCAGCUUGGGCAAGCGGCAAUGUCAGAGAAUGAUAAUGAACGUGCUUGAUAAGCCAUUCCGCGACAAGCUGACAUUCAACUCUGGAACCCUAGCCUUACGUGAUGACUGCCUCAGUGAACAAUUUCUGUAUCCACAUCUGCAGUUUAUCUGCAAACCAAAAACCGUCACGCUUAAUGGGGUUGAGUUCAGAAUGAACGCGAUACUUGGAUUAAAAAUUCAUGACAACGAGUUCUAUCCGACAUACGGGAUUAUACGAGAAAUCAAUGUCAUCGAUGGAAAAGUUUUCUUCCUAAUUCGAUCCUGUAAAACUGCGACGUAUAAUGAUUUUCUAGAAGCGUACGAGAUAGAAAUCCUAGCCAAAGAUGAUUUUAUGUCUAUUGAAGAAUGCCAUACGCAUUCAAUAUUUUCAUUCUGGUCACCAUACGACAGUCCGAAGAAGUACAUUUCACGGCGAGUGUACAAUCAAGAUUAUUAGUACAAGUAGUUAACAAAUAACUCUGUUGGAACUUUAGAAUAUUUAAUGGCAGUAAUUCUUUUUCAGCUAAGGAAGAGAUCGACAACUUACAAAUGUUUCUAUCACUGAACGAACAUGACUUUACCAGACUCGGACUCACUACAAAAAUGAUCAAAACUAUACAGAAGAUACAAACACAGUACAGAAAUUACGAUGAAACUAAGAGCACGGAAGAAUGGCUUGAGGACACUAUGGUUGACGCUGAUUAUCAUGAACAAGCUGAUGUGUCCAGAAGGGUGAUCAAUGCAAACAAUCCGUAUGAAGGGAUCAUCUUGGAGCAGGUUUGAAACGUAUCAAUAUUAUAUGUGGGUCAUUCAAUCAACGUAUAUUUGUUUCUAUAUAUUCUAGAAAAUCAAUAUUGAUCGGGUAUUUGAUCGAACCGACAACGGAAUAUGCAUCAUGGAACUACUGAAAGAAGGUGGACGACCCAAGGAAACGAUUCGAAGACAAAUCACAGCACUUCUUUGCGAUUGCUUGAAAUCAUUGUAUGGAACGCACGCCAGCAACUUCUACAAAAAUCAGAUCGCCUUGUCACUGGUUGAAACAUAUCCUGCACUGAGUUCGAAGAAUGCCGAGAUUCCACAAUCGCUGUGGUUCCAUCCCCACGGAAGAGGGCUGAACCGUCAUGCUGGCAGUGUAUAUUACAGAAUGGAGAAUGUGGCAAGGCAGUCAGAUGAACGCAUAAUCAAACGCCGAAAACUUGGUGAAUUCAGCCAUACAAAUGAAAUUGAUGCGACUCUUGAACAAGAAGAUGACAAUAUGGAGGACCUUGUGCUUGAAUUGAAGUUCAUUGUUCCAAAUGUUCAAUCUAAGGUGAGAAUUGUUGAACUAUGGGAGAAAACAUUUGCAAGUCGACAACAAAAACGUACAGCGGGGACUUUGGUGGAAUAUUUGAAAGAUUUUCCCGUGAUUGGUGCCUUUAAUGGAGAACUUAUCAAACUGGAAUUUACAAAAAUCAAGCCUGGAGCGAAGUCGUUCACCGAUCACUGGGAAGAAUUACAGAAUAAGAUCCUUAAGCAGUACGCUGAUAUGUUCGUGGAGUUGAAAAACAGUAAGUUGCGUUUAAAGCUUCAAUGAGUCCACACAUUUAGAUAAUUAAUUUCCCAUAGAAUUCAUCAGAGCGCUGGCAAUAAUCCGUGCUAAAUGCCCAUCACGUGGUGUUAAGCGAAAUAAAAUCAAUGAUGCUACCAAGAAAAAUCCAUUGGCUGGCGUCAUGGAGUGGAUAAGUGUAA